AUGGGAUAUAAGAUAUAUUCUAACUCUGACUUAGUUCAAACAGUAACAUGGGCAAACUAUGAAUGGUUCGCUUUGAGAAACUCAGUACAACCACAAGCUAGAGAACAAACAGACCAGUAUGCAACUAUUGAGAAAAUAAGAAGACUUGACCCUAACGUUCCAGGAGUUUAUGUUAACUUUUCUGGACAAACUGCAGCAGCAGUAACCAAAGUAAAACUGAAACUAAGAGUUCCUUUGUCAUCUUUCCUCAUCUUUAGGUUCUUAAGAUACUUACCAAACUGGGCAGGAAAAAUUUCUAUUGAACUUACUCCAAGCAAAAAUAACUUAGUCAUUGCACCAACACAAGACCCAUUCUUGAACAUAAACCACAUGAAAAGGUAA